CUCGCCUCAUCGGCCUCACGCUCUUCUCUUCUCUGCGCCUUCUCGCAGAAGAGAGAGAAACAUCGAAGAACUCAAUCUCUCUCUUUAUCUAUCUCUGUAUCUCUAUACCUAUCAUUCAAUCUCUAUCUCUGUAUUCUUGUAUCUUCUUGAAGUAUUUAUAACCUAAAAAAACCAAAUCCAUUCUGGUUCAGCUUUUGGCGCCGCUGAAUUUUAUCUCUUUCUCUUUUAUUCACUCUGUCUUAUCUGGGACGCGAAGAUUCUAUUUUGAAGUGAAAGAUCCUGAGUUAUGCAGCAAGGUGAUCAGACGGUGAUUAGCUUGAGGCCUGGUGGAGGUCGUCCCGGCGGCGGUAGCAGGUUCUCAUCCUCAUCGGCUUCCUCUGCUUCUCCUGCUUUUGGUUCCUUUGCCUCUGAUCCUUCUCUCCUCCGUCCCCAUGGCGGUGUUCCUUCUUUUUCCAUUAAGGCUGGAGAUUCACGGUUUGAGGGUCGUGAGCGUGUGCAAUACACUAGGGAUCAGCUUUUACAACUGAGGGAGGUUGUGGAGAUCCCUGAAGAUAUUUUAAAAAUUAAACAAGAUAUAGAAACUGAACUUUUUGGUGAAGAUCAAAGCUGGGGCCGUGCAGAAAAUUCUGCACAACAAUUUCAAAAUCGAUACUCUGAGCCAGACAACCGUGAUUGGCGUGGGCGGUCUGGGCAGCUUCCUGCUUCUGCAGAAGAGAAGUCAUGGGAAAACCUGAGAGAAAAUAGGGAGUUUGGAAAUCGGUUUGAUUCAAGGCAGCAGGAUUCUAGUCAGUUCAAUCGGCAGGAUCAACUGAAUUCCCAGUUUGCAAGGGCACAGAUUUCUUCUAACCAAGGAGGACCUGCUCCAACUUUAGUCAAGGCUGAGGUUCCAUCGGUCAAUGGAAGAGGAAACCUAUCUGAAAAGGAUCGUGUCUUGAAAACUGUUAAAGGAAUUCUAAACAAGCUUACGCCUGAGAAAUUUGAUGUCCUGAAGGGUCAAUUGAUUGAUUCUGGAAUUACAUCUGCUGACAUCUUGAAGGGAGUCAUUUCACUUAUAUUUGAUAAGGCUGUACUAGAACCAACAUUUUGCCCCAUGUAUGCUCUUCUUUGUUCAGAUCUUAAUGAAAAGCUGCCUCCAUUCCCAUCUGAUGAGCCUGAUGGGAAAGAAAUCACUUUUAAGCGAGUAGUACUGAAUAACUGCCAGGAGGCUUUUGAAGGUGCUGAUAAACUGAGGGAGGAGGUGAGGCAGAUGACUGCUCCCGAGCAGGAGAUGGAGCGUAGGGAUAAGGAAAGACUGGUCAAGCUUCGUACUCUUGGUAACAUCCGAUUAAUUGGGGAGCUGUUGAAGCAGAAGAUGGUUCCUGAAAAGAUUGUCCAUCACAUUGUUCAGGAACUUUUGGGAGCUGACAGCAAGUCCUGUCCAGUUGAGGAAAAUGUUGAAGCAAUAUGUCAGUUUUUCAAUACUAUUGGUAAAACUGAUGAUGAAAGCCAAAAAUCAAGGCGUAUUAAUGACAUGUACUUUAGCCGAUUGAAAGAACUGAGCUCAAACCCCCAACUCGUAUCACGGUUGAGGUUCAUGUUCAUGUGUGAUGUUCUAGAUUUACGUUCUAAUAAUUGGGUUCCAAGACGUGAAGAGAGCUAACUACUUGUGUAGGUGAAAGCGAAAACCAUCACUGAAAUUCAUUCAGAAGCGGAAAAGAAUCUUGGAUUGCGGCCAGGUGCUACUGCAAGCAUUAGAAAUAACCGUGCUGCAGCUUCUGGUGUUCAAGGAAGUAUGAGCCCUGGUGGGUUUCCAAUUGCUCGACCUGGUACAGGAGGUAUGAUGCCUGGAAUGCCAGGAACCAGGAAGAUGCCUGGGCUGCCUGGAAUUGAUAGUGACAACUGGGAAAUGCCUAGGACACGAUCAAUGCCAAGAGGAGACAUGUCAGGCAUGCAAGCUGCAGGACGUGGUCAGUCCCCUUUACUUUCAAAAUCAUCAGCCCUGAACCCAAAGCUAUUACCUCAAGGUAGUGGUGGUCUUAUAAGUGGAAGAAGCAGUGCCUUAGUGCAUGGUGGUGGUGCGCCUCCUUCUCGUCCAUCAAACUUUGUUUCUGGUGCUGAGCCUCCAUCUCAAAUCCCUACAUCUGUGAAAGCUGGCCCCAGUGGGUCCUUCGAGAAGCCACAGACUGCCCCAAAAUUGAACCUUGAUGAUCUUCGCCGCAAAACUGUCUCUCUUCUGGAAGAAUAUUUCAGUAUUCGUCUUUUAGAUGAGGCAAUGCAAUGCGUGGAAGAACUAAAGGCCCCAUCCUACCACCCUGAGUUUGUUAAGGAGGCUAUUUCCCUUGCACUAGAUAAAAGUCCACCCUGUGUUGAUAUUGUCGCCAAUCUUCUUGAGUAUCUUUUUAUUAAGAAGAUUCUUACUGCUAGAGAUAUAGGGACUGGCUGUUUGUUGUUUGGUUCCAUGCUAGAUGACAUCGGCAUAGAUUUACCUAAAGCACCGAAUAAUUUUGGUGAGAUAAUUGGGAAGAUAAUUUUGGCUGGGGGAUUGGAUUUUAAGGUAGUAGCAGAGAUCCUUAAGAAGGUGGAAGAUGACUGGUUCCAGAAAGCCAUAUUUGAUGCUGCAAUAAAGACCAUCGGUUCCGCAUCCGGGCAAGCUCUUUUGGAUUCACAAGCCUCCGAUAUCGAGGCUUGCCGCAGUGUGCUCAAGUAACCCAAGUCAUCUGACGACUUUGCAUGAUUAUCUGAAGGUGGAGGAACGUGUCUUCCAAGAAUUCCCCUUUAUCCCUCAACAAAUUGAGUUAGAGCCUUUUGUAUUACAGUAUUUUAUGACAGUGGACCUCUCAAUCAGGAUCAGGUACUUUGGUUAAGGACUCAAGGCUGUAAAUUUUUGGUUUUUUUGGUUUUGCUGUUUUAUUUUUGAGGUCUUAGAGGUGUUUAUUGAGGAAAAGAGUCAAACCAUAAAAGCUACGGAUUUUGUUUCCCCUGUCGGCUCAUCGUGUGCCGUGUUACUUCCAAUAGUGACCCAGGCCAUCAAGGGUCCGAAUGUUUUUGUAUUUCAUUAGUCUUUAUUUUUUCCCUUGAGAAAAUUCUGACAUAGUAAUUGUUAUACUGGUCAGUUCAUAAAUAUCAUCCUCUUUUUUGGUUUUGGUGCCUGAAUAAA